AUGAAAUUGCCGAACUCGAAUCAGUUGAGUUUCGAGUAUCGCCGAGGCCAGUUGUGGAUGGCUUCAUGCUUGCGUGCGCGUUCUUUGGACUAUCGAAGAAGCUGACUUCAUCUAUAGACAGUGAAUGUGGAACCUUUGAAACGAAGCUACAAUCGACAAUACAAGAAAGCAUAACUUUGAAAUAAAUACAGCAAGUCUCGAGUGUGGGAGCCGCUAGCAGCAAUUUGUGUUCUUCCAUCAUUGCUGUUUUUUGGUCUCCACAGCAUCUUUUACUUUACGCGUCAGAAAAAGGUUCUUGUGCUUUCUGUAGUGAAUGAUUGUUGAGUUUAUUUUUGUGUUUGUGGAAAACCAUAUUGGAGAAUAUUGACGAAGUUUUCAGAAUCUCACUUUUGUUUGAUAGCUCCAAGUGACCUAUUUUAUACGAAAAAAAAAACCUCCUAGGGAUGCCUCGAGUUGUGAAUUGCACAUAAAGAGAUUUCUGUUGCAUGAAAAGCUUCGGCGUGCAUUAGAGGGACCAAGAGGAGUAGUAAGCUAACUGUUGGUGGCAUAUACGUCGCUUACUGGAGCUUACAUUGACAACGUCAAGCAAAAGGCAAUCGCUUUACUGCAGGUAAAUCAUCGGCUUCGUCCCAACGUUGGCCGUGCUGGUUCCAUCCUCGAACCUGUUCAGUGGACGCUUAUGCCUUGUUAAUUGAAAUGGAUUUCUGAUAGAAGCAGCCGUAUUUCGUUGCACGAAAAAAAAAAAGGAUUGCUGAAUCGAGCAGGAGCAAAAGUUAGAAAAAAGCAUCUGUGUGUAGAGAAAGAGGAAACACAUGGAACAAGUAGUGAGGUAAAGUGCAAAGUUUUCAAUUGAAGAAGUCAACCAAGACAUAUCACGAAGCCGGCAGGUGAUAGGGUGGGGUGCACAGGUCUGAGUCUCAAGUGGCACUAAGUUUUUUACAAUGGUCGUCGUAAAGCAACAAAAAUCAGGAAUCAACAGCGGAAGGAAGUGAACAUAAAGAGCGGAAAAAACGUGAAGAAAGUCGCUUUGCAGCAGAAGUCGCUUGGAUUUUCAUUCAGUUACUUAAAAGAGCGCGAGAUAAGUAAAGAAAGGAAAACAAAAGCGAAUGUGCAACGGAAGCUUAUCGGAAGAGGCAGUGUAAAGCAAAUUACCUUUAAGUUUUCUGCGUAGCUCACGGGUGGAAAGAUUCAAGUCAAGUGUGCCGCGAAGCGACUAGCGGGCAGCAAAACUGUGGGCACGCUGCGGCGUGUGGGAAAGCAACGGAAUCAAAGGUGUCUGAUAUCGGCGAACCGAACGAAACGGAUCGACAGCAGGCGGACCGAUGUAGUGAUAAUCUGCAACCACCAAUUUCGCCAUCGUCGUCGAUGGCAACUAUUGACUCAGCAUCAUCUUGGCAUGGAGGAGGAACCUGUCGUAAUCAAUGCGCCACGCGGAUUGCCGAGCUGGCAAGGCAGCAGCCACUCGAGAUGGAGCAAACAGCCCUAGCACAUAACAUGAUACCAUCUGUUGAGAAUGCCUCGGACGUGAAACUAGCACAAAACGUUGACCUGAAGCGCGGCAACUUGGACGUGAAUUUGGAUCGAAAGUUCCUAAACAAUAAUAAUAGCACUAGCAUGAAAUGUUUGCAAUUCAUUACACCUCCUGAGCCACCAUCGCCGCCAGCUCUUUUGUUCGAUUUCGUAGUAGAAAAAACCAUUCAAAAUCAACAGCAGCAGAAGCAGCAGCAGCAGCAACACAGUCUUCUAGAUAGCGAUCUUAACAGAUUUGAAAACCUUAGCUUUACUAGCAAUAGCGACAAGCAGUCAGCGAAUAGUCAAGUAGAUAAAGUAGUUUCAACCAAUUUUUCUAGCGUAAUAACACAGCCAGUAAUACGAACCGGAGAGGUAGAUGAAAAGGAAGCUAGCAUGCCGAAACCAGGUAUUGAAACAGCGAAUCCACCGGUCAAUUUGAAUGUUAGCUAUGCCUCAACUAACCAACCAAGUGACCAAAACACAACGAAGCCAUCGGUCGGCGUGACCUCGGCGAAUCCAUCAAUAACCAUCAGUCUUAACCAUAACAGCACGACUAACCAUAGACACCAUUCCGUCACCUUAACACCCGUGCGGAACUCGGACGGGACUAACGCCUCUAUACCUAUUGUAAACUUGUGUGAUAUGUGUCAUCCAAGAACUGAACCACCUUUGCCUUCAAUUACCAUGGAAACCCCAUCUAACAAUGCACCGGCUUGCGAGAUCUCGGGAGCGUCCAGUCUUGCAGCAGUUGCUAAUAACGGUGCUAAGGCUGCCACCAUUGCAUCUGCAGUCGCAUGCUCGAGCAAACCACCCAUCUACAACCAACAAUAUCAUUCUCAAUCUCCUUAUUUCUUCCCACCACAACAUCAGCCACCAUUUGGCUUUUCUAACGCAUCCUCCCACAGUGUACGCUUCAUGACUCAACAUAUUAAAAUCUUACCAAAAACUCAAUCUCUAGAUCUGGUAGACAAUGACGAUCUGAUAGAAGCAAGCAAUAGGAGCGAAUCUCAGCUGGACAUCCACACCGCAGGAGUGUCGUUCCGGGGGCGAGUGCUUCCGAAACUGCAAACACUAGACCAAACUCGACCAAUUUAUCCGAACGUACCUUAUAGUCCGUACAACAGUCCUUAUGGUAGUCCACGAAGCGGUCGGCGGCGAGCUCCGCUGCGGGAAUCUCGCCGUGUAUCGAUCGAGCAGUCGGGCAGUUUCCUACAGCUGAACCAGUACAAGCUCCUCGAUCAAAUCGGACAGGGCUCCUACGGAUUGGUGAAACUGGCGUAUUCAGAGGAGGAUUCAACUCAUUAUGCAAUGAAGAUUCUGUCGAAGCGUAAAUUACUCCGUAAGGCAGGUCUCAUACGCCGAGGACCAAAGCGAGGUACAUCUCCCCUAGAUAGGGUUUAUCGAGAAAUUGCGGUGCUUAAAAAGCUGGAUCACCCCAACGUGGUGAAACUAGUCGAAGUGCUGGAUGACCCCCUGGAAGAUUCGUUAUAUUUGGUUUUUGAACUUGUCCAGCAUGGAGAAGUUCUCAGUAUACCAACUGAUACGCCGUUGAGCGAGGAACGUGCCUGGAAUAUUUUCAGAGAUGUUAUUCUGGGAGUUGAAUAUCUUCAUUACCAGCGGAUAAUCCACGGGGAUCUUAAGCCGGCCAACUUGUUACUAUCGGAUUCGGGUAGUGUAAAAGUUGCCGAUUUGGGUGUUUGCAACGAAUUUCUCGGUGAAGAUGCAGCCAUGAACAAUGGAUCUACAGCCGGUACACCUGCGUUUCGAGCACCAGAAACGUUACUUCCUGGGCAGCUUAUAUAUAACGGGAAAGCGGCUGACAUUUGGGCACUAGGGGCAACUCUUUACUCUCUAGUCCACGGAAAUGUUCCUUUCAUUGCUACUUCGGUUCCUGGUGUGUAUGAAAAAAUAAAAAAUGACCCAGUGAAAUUUCCUUCUGCUGGUACGGUUAGUCCAGAGCUUCAGGAUCUUCUUAAAUCUAUGCUGGAAAAAGAUCCCCAGCUUCGGAUAACUCUUCCUCAGAUCAAAGAACACUGUUGGGUCACUAAACAUGGUUUACACCCCUUGCCGACAGAGGUAGAAAAUUGCCGAUUGGUCCAAAUCAGCGAUGAAGACAUGACUUCUGUUGUGAAGAGCAUCCCCAAACUGGACACUCUGAUACUUAUUAAAACGAUGCUGAAAAAACACUCGUUCCUAAACCCUUUCAGCAAGGCAAUUUCCAGUAGAACUCCACAACUUGGGGAUUCUAGAAUCGAGCGAUUCAGUCGGUCUGGUCGGUCAAAUUCGGCUCCCGGAGAUUAUCACACAUCGGAAAGGCAACCUUCGAAUGAAUCUCUGCUUCCAUCAGUAACCGAAGGCGUAACUAGUCCAACCGAAAGUCCGGAAGAGCUGACAUCACCAGGCCAAUCUACUGCUGAAACUGUAUUAAACAUUUCCCAGCAAUCAUUGAAGGAAGUGGUUGGCGAAUAUACUGAGCAACAAGAUCCAAACGAAAUCAACCCUGGAACCUCGGAACAAAUGGUAACUGAUGACAGCACCGCUUAGAUGUAGUCUACUGCUUUUACAAACGCACUGCGCUUGGUCGUACUUUUUCGAAGGAUAGACGUUUGAACCAUUCCUUUCUCUUUUUCCUAGAAUAUGCCAAAUCAAACUUACUUAGAAAUUCUGCUCUGAUUCGAGUGCUAGUGAAAUCCUACUUUCUACGUUUCCAGAGAUCUUAAAACAGGAAGCAAUCAUACAAGAGCUAAUCAGAUUCGGCUGUAGACAAAACGUGAUAUGUUAGAUUUGCAUUUUUUGGUUCCAGUUUAUGGAACACAACUAGACAUUAUUCCGUCGUUGCUAGUAAUUGUAAAGCGUAAGUUGUAAGGAUGAAUCACGUUUAUUUUUCAUUUUGAUGUAUGGAUCAAAUUUGUUCGUACUUACAGUGUAUACAAUAUUUUGAAAGAUUUUCAUAUCUAGCCGUUAUCAGAGGGGAACUAAACGUAAAGAAUAGCUUUGAACAUGUUUUUAAAUGUUGUUAAUAGAAUAUAAAUACAGAGGAAUGUACAUAUUUUACAAUUUUUGAUCUUUUAAAAGAAUAACCAACUAAGCCAUGUGUUUUAGAACGAAUAGGAAUACUUACAUUUUCGACCAAAAAUUGAAUGUUAAAGUUAGAGUAAUCCGAUAAUGAAAGAAGUCUGUUCCAAAAUAGCAGUAUCGGAAUUUCAGAAAAAUUACGCUUUAACAAAAAUAAUUAUAGGAUAUAGAAAACAUAACCAGUACGACCGAUUCAUAACGUUGUUCGAAACUAAAUUUGGCCAAAACACUCAUUGCAAGAUAUCUCUAUUUAAAUCUUAUGAACACAUUUUUUCAUAGAUAUAUAUUACAUCAAGUAGCAAACAAUAUUCUUCGGCGUCAGUAUCUCACUGUGAAACUUCUAAAGCAAAGAUAGGAUAAACGUUUGUAUAAAAAAAAAGAAAACAAAAUAAUUCACAAUGAUAGAUUUUCACCCACUAAAGCUUUUAUAUGAACCCUAACACCUAAAUGCAGUUUUGUACUGUACGCAAUUUUCACGCUAUAUCGACUUGUGCACACAAGGGGACCAUUCAUGUUUUGAAUACCUAGCUGCACUUAUCAUCUAGACUACUAUCAAAAUAUGUGUGUAAAACUAUCAUCUAUUACAUCCUAUAAAUCAAAGCACUGAAUUUACGCUGGUUCUUGGCAAAAUACUUUCUCCGUAUCGCGUAUCAAUAUAAACUACAAACAUGCAGAUAUCAUUCCAAAAAUUGAUAGAGUCAAUACAACGAGCAGAACUUGAUCAAGUCUAUGAAGCAAUUAUGUGAUUGUUGAGUCCAUAUUAGAUCGGCAGAAGUGAUAUGGAUGCAUUGAAAAAAUAAUUAUUGAAUUUUUAAACCGUCAAUCCAUUUAAUGUUUUAACUCAAGUGCGAUGAAGACAAGAGCAUAAACAAACUAUGCUACCUAAGAGCUAUUUGAGCGAAUCAAAUGUAAACUUUAGCAAACAGAUACACUCCUUUGAUAUAACUCCGCAUAUCAGGCAGCGCAGAACUAAACUUUUACCUAUAUAUAUAUAUAAAACAUAUAUGCAAAUAAUCGCUCUCUGGUAAUUUGCGCUUUACUUACUCUUAAAACAAAGAUUUGAAUAAAAUGACACUUGAAAUUAUAUUCCAUGAUAUAAACAAACAAUAGUUGAAAUCUAAAAUAGCUGUUUGUAGUUACAUAAUUCUGUAUUUACAAAUUUUAAACAGAAAAAAACCCAGCUCUUACAUCGGCACAAAGUGCGUUUAAGAUAACUCAUAAAAUUCGAUUUGCAUUGCUAACAGAUAAGUUCUAACAGAUCAGUGCUUUAGUAGUGUGCAGUUAAACUGUUUCCGUGUUAUAUAGAUGAUCAACCUCUUUCAUAAGCUGAGCAAGUUGAGCGUUUAGUUGAACAUAAAAUUCUUGACCUUGAAGCCUAGUCGAAUAACUUUACCAACGAUCUCAGUUUCUUUUAAAAAAAUAGUAAAGUUUUGGCACACUACCGAACUCAGAUUGUAUUAUGAUAAAAUGAAUUUUAAGAUCCUUUAGAAAAUUCUUGAAAAGAAACAUUCCAGAGCACAAAAUCCACAUCCCAUGAAAUUUAUUUGAUUGAAGAAAGAUAUUGCUUUCGGUAGACAAUCACACAAACAAACAACGGUUCUCUCUGAAAACUAUAAUUACUUAACAUAGUGAUUUUAAAAUCUGCUUCGAUUACUUACCUGAAAAAAAAAACACCAUGACUUAUCAUGUACUUAUUCAACCUGUACGAAAACACCUUGCUGGAAACAAAGAUACAAAAAAUAAUUUGAUAUUUGAUUGGAUGAUAUAUCAUUUGUUAAAUUUUGCGCAGAUUUUUAUCCCAUCAGAUCUAUUAAGCAUCCGGAUUAGUAGUUUAUUACUAGUAGACAUUGAAUUUAGGAACGAAUCUUUUGAAAUUGCUUUUUUUCUGGAAUAAAUCACACCAGGUUUUAUUUCACGGGUCCAGUU